CCCUCUUGAAUAGAUUUUUCUCUGUUAGUGGCAUUUAAAAAGAACCCUGAUUUGCUCCUGACUUCUCUUGUUUGGUCACGAUAACCUGGCUGAACUCACAAACUGACAUUUUUUGAGGUCUCUGUGGUGAUUUAUUUUGCCUAGCAAUAUGCUGGACAUGCUUGAGUACAGUCAUUAUCAGGUACAAACUCAUUUGGAGGGUCCCAAUAAGUACCACCUUCAACAGAGUCCAAGGCAGCAGGUGAAGCAUUAUCUGCCCAGCACACUUGGGGCUAAGCUCAGCCCUCCGUUAAACGUCCAGCAUCCGGAGCACGGCAUGCCCCCCGGCCCCGGAGCCAGUGCCCCCAAUAGCCCUAUGGCAUUGUUGACCCUCAGCAACAACUGCGAGAAAGAGAUGGACGACGUGAUUGAAGACAUUAUCAGUUUGGAGUCAAGCUAUAAUGAUGACAUUCUUGGAUUAAUGGAUGCUGGACUUCAAAUACCAAAUGCGAUACCAGUUUCUGCAAAUCUCCUUGACAUCUAUAGUAAUCAUGCGCUUCCUCCAUCUGGAGUCAGCAUUGGGAAUUCCUGCUCAUCUAAUUUACCAAGUGUGAAAAGGGAAUUCUCAGCUCCUGACAUGAUGCACGUGGACCAACCUGGACCAUGUGGCAAGUUUGACUCUUAUCAGAGGCCUGAAGGCCUUCCAGUAGAAGCAGAAGUAAGAGCUUUGGCAAAAGAGAGGCAAAAGAAGGACAACCACAACCUCAUUGAAAGAAGACGGCGCUUUAACAUAAAUGACAGAAUUAAAGAACUUGGGAUGUUAAUUCCCAAAUCUAAUGAUCCAGACAUGAGGUGGAAUAAAGGAACUAUUCUUAAGGCAUCAGUCGACUAUAUCAGAAAGCUACAACGAGAGCAGCAGAGAGCAAAAGAGCUUGAGAACAGACAGAAAAGACUGGAGCACACCAACAGACACCUCCUGCUUCGUAUUCAGGAGCUGGAGAUGCAGGCUCGUGCUCAUGGCCUGGCUGUAGGUGGCUCUUCGGCACUCUGCUCCUCUGAACUGGUAACUUGCUCCAUCAAGGAAGAACCCAUCAGCUACACAAGCUGUUCAUCCGAGCUGUACACACGUCCACACCUCCCCAGCCCAGAUCAUUCUCGGCCUACCACCCUGGACCUCAACAAUGGCACAAUUAGCUACAGUGACAGCACCACAGAGGAGGCAGAGGAAGAGCUCUAUGCAAACCACCAAGAACCCACAACCAAGUUGAUGUUCCUGAAAAACAUUCUGUCAUCAGUGGGCAUCAGUAACCUAAUGAUCUUCUUUGGUUCCCUCACACUUCAGUGACAGCAGCAGGCGAAGCAACAAGAGCACAGAGGAGCAGGACAAGAAUUGUUAGCACUGAUAAUGAACUAUGAAUAGCUCAUUAUGACUGUUAUUUUUAAUGUUGUUGGGUUGAUUGUGUUGAUUGGUAUUGUCUGUGUAUAAUUUCUAAAUUCUGAUAUGGCCAGGAUUCUUGAGUAUGCUAGUAGUGUAUUUAAAAGAUGUUUCUGUCACUCCUAAACAUAUGCAAAAUUGAAAUUUUUGCUUCUUUUGAAAUGCUAUUUUUUAUAUUUGAAUUAUUAUAAAGAACUCUGUUACAUCUAGUGUUUUUUUCUAACAAAUCUGAUUCUAUUAUAUCCAUGAUUUUUUAUAUAUGUAUAUUAUUUAUGGAAAAAAAUAUGGACACUGCAAAAAAGGAAAACAAUUGCAGGGGAAACAUCAGUUACGCCAUGACUUCUUAUCUGAGGUUGUACUUGCAUUAUUCGGUAUAUUCUAAGCACAUCUGUAAACUGUCAUUUAGUGAAAAGUAAUAUUAUCUAGCUGUAGGUCAUGCUUUUACUGUUAUUAUAACUCACAAAGUUUAAAGUUCUCACAAAAUGUCUUUCAUGUGCACCCUAAUAACAAUAAUAAUAACAACAAUAAAAAAAAUUAUAAUAAUUAUUAAAAAAAAUAAAUAAUAGCUUUUACUAAAAUCUAGUUUUAAAAGCACCUUAAAUACUGUAGUUAUGGCAAAUUAAGAUUCAUUGUAACAAAUUACAAACAAAAAAAUCCCUAAAGGAUAUAGAUAAUAGAUUACUUAUUUUUAGGGUUUUCUAGGGUUUAGGGGUUUCUAUUAGUAAUAAUCCAGUGUAUAUACUGUAUAUUUAUCAAU